AUCACCAAAAACAUGUUUUCCUACGAGAUGUUCAUCUGCGUCCUGGCCAUCACCUGUCUCCUGGAGAUCCCCCGAGGCACCGCGGCCGCGUCCUGCGAGCCCAUCCGCAUCCCCAUGUGCAGGUCCAUGCCGUGGAACAUGACCAAGAUGCCCAACCACCUCCAUCACAGCACGCAGGCCAAUGCCGUGCUCGCCAUCGAGCAGUUCGAGGGGCUCCUGGGCACCCAGUGCAGCCCGGACCUGCUGUUCUUCCUGUGCGCCAUGUACGCGCCCAUAUGCACCAUCGACUUCCAGCACGACCCCAUCAAGCCCUGCAAGUCUGUGUGCGAGCGGGCCAAGUGCGGCUGCGAGCCGGUCAUGAAAAAGUACAACCAUACGUGGCCAGAGACUCUGGCCUGCGAGGAGCUGCCCGUCUACGACCGAGGAGUCUGCAUCUCUCCUGAGGCGAUAGUCAAGGCGGAGGGGCCAGGUUAUUCAUGCAUUUAUCGAUGA